AUCGCGCAGAAGAUAACGGUGUCCGAAAAAACGGCUCGCGACUUCAUGAUAGUACUCGCGCUUCGGGACGCUCGCGAACGAACGAACGUGAGAGCUUAUCUCGUGCGAGAUAACGAACAGCGCCAAGCAACAUGAGGCGACGGAACAACGGUUCCACUUGCUUCUGUCAGGCAUCGUCGGUCAAGAGAGGUGGCCGUAACGGAUGCAACGAGACUGAGGCGAACGAGCCACCGGGAUGGUGUAUCUACGCGGCGGUCGCGCUUGUCGCGGUUGGCUGUUACCUCAAUGCGCUCGACUGCGACUUCGUGCACGACGAUAUACCGGCGGUGGUGAGGAACAGGGACGUGAUCGGCGAGGCAUCGUGGAGCAGCGUGCUCAACGACGAUUUCUGGGGUACGCCGAUGGAGAGCAUCAAUAGUCACAAGAGCUAUCGACCUUUCACCACUCUGACGUUUCGGUUGAACUAUUUGAUGGCGGGAUUGAGUCCCAUGUGGUAUCACGUCACGAAUGUCGCCUUACACGCUGCUGCGUGCAUCUUAGUCACCAGAGUGAGUCUCGUGGUAGCUGCACUUCGGCCGGGAUUCGCAGCGCUCGCUGGGUUGCUAUUCGCCGCACAUCCUGUACACACGGAAGCGGUGACUGGCAUCGUAGGCAGAGCGGAUGUUCUAGCGUGUAUCUUCUUUUUGCUGUCUUUUCUUGCCUAUCAUGGGUAA